GCUCAAGUGAACAGGCAGGUCCCAGCAGUGAGUCGCCGAUUGCAGCGGCGGCCAAGAUUCAGGUCAAGGCAUUAGCUCAGGAGGAGCCUACGGCUCUUCUAGACUCAGGACGGCUCAAAACCAGCUUGAAGAGUGGAUGCCCGCAGCUCGGAAAGGUGGCAGGGGGAGUACGUUUUGAUGAUGUUGUGGAUGCAUUUGUGUCCAAUCGGUUGAUUGUGGAUCUCGAGGACGCAGUCGGAUGGGAGGUCAUGAAGAGUCUUCCCUUCAAUCGUUCUACAAGGCAACUGUGCAAGGUGCAAGGCCUCGAACUUGUGGUGCUUGACAACACCACAAAGGGCCUCCUGGUUGAUGAUGACACCCUGCUAGGCAUUCAACCUAUGUGGUUGUGGACACUCGCUUCGCUUGCAAAGGGUGAAGGUGCUGUUGUGCACCCGUUUGCGGAAUGGAGCAACAGCACUGAGUUUGGGGUUCCAGGAGUGAGAUCUCUACCUCCUGUUUCCCAUGUCGAAGAAGCACCCCUAGACCCGGAGUGGCCCAACGUCUUCAAAGGUGAGCUUAGCCUAGCCCUGUUUGGAUUGGCGAUACCCCAACGGGCCGAGGAGGAGCCUACGUCUGUGAAGGUGGUGGAGGCAGCAGAUGCCUAUCUGUUGACCGAUCCCAACCUGCCUUCAGGUCCAGUGUCGUUCAAACCUCCUGCGCCAGAAGUUCAGGCUGUGACUGGCGAGCAUGCAAAUGAAGGUGAGCUUGGGAAUUCCAGUGAGGUACCAGAGGAGCCUCUAAGGUCAGGAGGAGAUGGUGAAGGCCAAUGUGUCGGCAGCGGUGCAAGUGUAGACGUGCAGGCGCCGUCCGGCUCUAUAGGUGCAAAAGUAGGUGGCAAGGCUAAGGGCUCCGGCGCAGCUUCGCGCAUGACAGAGGCUGAACGUGAACGGUGGCGCAGACAUAUCGCUGCGCAUCACAUACCGUUUAGAAAGGACUGCAUACAAUGUGUGAUGUCUGGCGCCUUGGGGCUACAGCACCGUCGUGUCAAAUGCCCUACCAUGUACGCUUUGGCCUUCGACCUGGCAGGGCCGUUCAAGGAGUUAGGCCGGGACGAUCGUGGUGGAAAGUACAAGUAUGUGCUUGUGGCAGGUUUGCGAGUUCCGGAAGCCGCUUUGCCAUCACCAAAGCACAGCAAGGGCACGACAGAGGUCGAGGCGAAGGCUUCAGAAGCUCAGGCUGAGAUUCCGGGUGGCAAUGAGCAAGAUGAUGAUGCAGCGUCAGAAGCCAGCUGGCUGAGAGAGCAGCUCACCCCAAACCCGGCUGUGAUGAAGGUUGGUGAGGAUGGUGAUUCAUCCCAGGAGGAGGAUGAGUGUUCCGAAGCAGAUUGGUUUGAAGCUCCAUUUGUGGAUGAUGUCGCUCCGUCUGAGGCCGAGGCCAUUGUGGAAGCUGAUGAUGGGCCUGAUGUUGAAGGCGGGGUUGGUCUGGAUGUUGAUCCUUGGGAGGAUGCAGGGGGCUUCAGUGAGAUGACAGAUGAGAAGUUUGAUGAAGCGCUUUCCGAGAUGCUUUUCUCAGGUGCCAACAAGGUGUUGAGGUUUGCAGUGCCUCUGAAGGCAAGGAAGGGUCCACUCAUCCUUGCCGGCCUACAAGAAGUUGUCACCGAGUGCAAUCGUCUCGGAUACCCCGUGAAGAUCGUACACACCGACCGCGCCAAGGAGUUGAUGUCCAAGGCUACCAUGGAUUGGCUUCAGUCCAAUCUAAUCCAACCUUCCUUUACCCAGGGACUCGGUGUGGAACAGUGGCCAUCAGCAAUGGCCUUUGCGUGUGCAGAGCAUCGCAAGUCUAAGAGGCCGUUUCUACGCUGGGAGCAUGCUGUGUACCUCUGCCCAACACCACGAACGGAGGGAGGACAUGUGUUGCUCCGCGCAGCUUCGAGUGCAUAUCUUGUUGCCAAGAAUGUACGAUGUGUGGAAGAAAUGAUUGAUCCCGAGGCUGAGUUCGGGAAUGAAGAGAUCGUAGAAGCAGAUCCACCAGAGCCAGGCUUUGAUCACUCCCAAGGUGGAUUCCCAACUGUGCCAAGCAGACGUGUGACAGGCAAGAGGGCGGUGCGUUCUGUGCAGUUGGCUCCGGAAGUGUUUGCUGAAAACUUGUUGCAGGAACAGCUCUUUACCUCCGAUCAUUGUGGGCGUCUGUUGCAGCUAGCGUUUGGUGGAGUUGAAGGGGGCACUCGAAGAGAGCAUAGGGGUCCGAUCGGGUUCUCGGUUAUCUUUGGUGCGUAUAGCCAUGGUGGCUUGCAAGGGAUAACCAGAGCUAGUCGAAUGUAUCCAAUGGUGUGCCGGUACUUGAACGAGUAUUUGCGCCGAUGCUCCCCCAAUGAGCUUGCUGAAAAUGAGUGGUCGUCCCUAAUGGUUGUGGUUGCAGAUGAGGUUGCAAUGCAUCGUGACGUGAGGUUACCCGGUGUCCGUGCAAGACCUUACCCUCCACCUCCAGGCAGAGCAGCAAUGAUGGUGAGGAGGAAGAGUUCGAGCGUAGGAUGGGUCGAUGGCAGCGUGUGCUUGGAGGGAGAGCCACGCCUGCUUGCACGUGUCGUGGACUUUGCAGACGACGGCCCAACGGAAGAGUCUCCGUUCCCUGAUCGCAUGCUUAUGUUUUCGGUGCACGAUGUGAUCCGUGAUGUUCUCGAAAUGGUGAUACUGCGUGUGGAGGCAAGACGUCCGCCUCAGGAGGAGCAGCCUCAGGAGGUGAUGAAUCCAAUCCUUCAACCCCCUGGACCGCCGCCUCCAGAAGUCCGCGCAGUGAAGUUUGAAGCAGGAACGGUCGAGGAUCCAACCCCGCCUUUGAGGCUUCCUAUUCCUCUUCCCAAUCCUGCAUUCAUCAGGGUCGUGCCUGAACAACCCGUGACAGAAGGGGACCACGAGGUACUUGCGUGCAAAGCCGAGGCCACUACGACUAAGGAUCUGGGGGUUCUCUUGAGUCAGCUGCAUGAGCCGCUGAGUGUGACGCACACUGCCUCCCAGGAGGAGGUGAGGGCUAACCUUGAGAAGUGGAGGCCAGCCAUUGAAAAGGAGCUAGGGUCUCUAAAGAAGCAAGGUGUGCUCAUUAGUUGUUGCGGUCAAAAGGCAGAAGCGCUGAUUGAGAAUCCCGACACCACGGUGAUUUCCUUGAAAGGGGUUUUCAAAGUGAAGGCCCCAGGAGGACCUGAUGAUGGGUGGUUCAAGCGCAAGUGCAGAUUGGUGGGAUGUGGCAACCAGGCCACACAUGUGGAUGCAGACUCCUUGUACGCAGCCGGAGCACCAGCUGAAGCGGUGAGAGUAGCCUUGACGCAGGCUUACCACCACAAGUGGGGGGCGUUCACAACCGACAUCAAGUCGGCAUUUACGCAAACGCCGAUUCCGGCCUAUGCUGCUCAGCGUUAUUUGUUGCGACCUCCCCGGUGGCUCAUUGAUCUUGGACUGGCGGAACCAGGGGAAUACUAUUCCCUGGGAAUGGUGUUGUACGGCUUCAAAGAAGCCCCUGCUUGGUGGUCAGACCAUCGUGAUGCGAAACUGAAGAAGGCAGUUUUUGCAGGAUGUCAUCUGGAGCAAGGAACAGCAGACUCGUCAGUAUGGAGAAUCAUGAAGGGGAAGGACCUGAAGGGCUACCUGGUGACCUAUGUCGACGACUUUCUUGUGCUCAGCGAGAAAAGCACGGCAGAAGCCCUCCACCAGUGGCUGUUAAGCGAGGCCGGUUGGGAAACAGAUGGCCUGAGCGAAGCGAGCCCUGGACAUCCUGUAAGGUUCCUGGGCAUGCAGUUGCACGGCUAUGAAGAUGGGCAUUUCAGCCUGGAUCAAGGGGCCUACGUUGAUGAGCUGGUGAGGACCUACAAGCUCAGUGAGGCGAACCGAUCAAAGAUUGUGUGUCCUAAGGAAAUCCUGAUGCAUGUGCCUGAAACAGUGCAACAGUUUGAUGAGCAAACCGUGAAGUCAGCUCAGAAGGUUGCAGGCGAAUGUCUUUGGUUGGCCCAGCGUUCUCGCAUUGACAUUGCGUUUGCAACAACGGUGCUGUGUUCCAAGGUUUCGAAGGACCCUCACGGUGCUAUUGCCAUCGGACAGCGUGUGAUGGCAUAUCUACAUCAUACGAAAGACUUCAAGCUGCACCUGAAGCCAACAGAAGGUGUUGCACCCCUGAGAGUCUUCACCGACGCGUCGUUCGCUCCGUUGGGGCAGCAUUCCUACGGUGGCCACAUCAUUGAAGUGUCCGGUGUUCCGGUGCUUUGGAAAGCAUCGAAACAACCACUGAUAUCUUUGAGUUCCUCAGAGGCAGAACUCAUCCAAGCCGUCGAGGGCUGCAUGUACGCGGAGUCGCUCAUGACCAUAUUGUGGGAUUUGGCAAUCCCAUUCACGUCCGCCGAACUCUGCCUUGACAACACGGCUUCGAUAGCCUUUGUCCAAGGGGUGUCUCACUGCCCAGGUGAAUACCAGAAGGCCGAUAUCCUCACGAAGGCGUUGCCUUCUGCUCGCAUGCAAUUCCUGUGCCGGCUCUUGCAGCUUGGAGGUGAAGGUGUGCAGGCACAGGAGCCUCAAGAGAAUAGUCCAGCAAUCCGAUCGGUAGGAGCAGUGCCAAACUCCUGCUUGGCAUCGGUUGUGGCCCUGCUACAGUUCUGCAAGUGCUGUGGAGAGUUCACAGAGGAAGAGGCUCGAGAGAGUGGAGUUUCAAUUGAGUGGCCGUGGGAGCUAGGAGUUCUUACCCUGCUCAUUGUGUUGUCGACUUUGUUCUUGUGGGAAACAGCUUGCAGUUCGUGCCGACGUCAGCAGCCAGCUGACGCAAGGGUUUGUGCAGUGUCAGCGCACAAGGAACGGCGGGCGAAGAAACUACAGGACAGAGUGGCAGCUGCGAUUGACACAGCCAUGAGCGAGAGUCCUACAGGGGAUGAG